AUGCGCUCACAAAAACGUUGGCUUCGAGCGUUGUACGAGCCGUUGGCGGGAGUUCAAACCACCAAAUCUUGUAUUACAAUUGGUGAUGUUCACUCGGAUGGAGAUUAUAAAUUGAUACUGGUGGAUGAAAAACAACCUCCGCCAAAAAUGGUGUUGUAUUUCGGGUUGACUCCUCAAACUCAGACGACUUUGAGUGAUCGACCUGCAGCAAUUGUCACGUUUUAUUCGGAGUCGGUAAGGAUUUUUGCAUACCGUCAAACCUCUUACAGUAAAUUGCAAUAGAGUAAAAGACUUAUUUCGUUAUAAAACAGGUUUGUAGAAAGGAGGUUUUACCGCGUUUGGAAGCCAUAAAUUUUUAUAUAAGCGUUUGUCACGCCACAAAUCAAUUUUUGAAAAAUUUUAGCUCGAGCUUUGUAGACGACCAUAUUUGACGGCCUAUUUCGCCGAGAGAGUAGGCGAAAUGGAGAGACCGGUUAGAGGAAAAACGCUAUUUCGUCGUAUCUUUGUCAUUUUCGUGUUGAAAAAAUGAUUUUUUUUUGUUGAAGUGUUGACCUCUAGUAGAAAUGAGUAUUUUUUAUGGAGAUAUUUUCAAUCACCACUAACACCUCAUUCAUCGCAUGCCAGCAAAUUCUAACCCACACCUAUAAAAAUCAUCUUUUUCAGGGUCAAAGCCCUUGCAUUGCGGUCGCCUCCGGGAACGGCAUCCUCAUCUACCGCAACAUGAAGCCGUUCUAUCGGUUCGCCGUUCCUCAAGAGUUCCUCCAUCCCCCGGAAAUCCACAUAUGGGAAGCCGCCAAACACAACGAGCAAAUGUCCGUUGAGACGUUGAAGGAGGGCCUGAAAGAGUGUUUGAAAGACGUUGGAAUGGACUGUUUGACCGACAUUACUCAGCAAUUUAUGGGGCAAAAAUCCGACUCGGCUAGACAGAACUUGUUGGAGAGGGUGAGGAAAGGCCUGGAGGAUUUGAAUUUCACAAAUGUGCGGUUGACUUGUAUGACAACGAUGAAGAGGAAUCAACAAAAGCCGGAUGGAGUGGAUGUGCUGGUAGCGGCGGCGGAGAUGGGAGGAGUUUAUUGGGUGGACACACAGGUGAGAAAAAAGAUUUUUUUUGUUAAAAAAGGGAGUUUUCAAAAUGAAAAAAAAAUCGAAAGAAGUGCUACCUGAUCCAGUGGCAAAAAACGUACCAUUUUGCAUCCGGGAGGUAUCAGAAAAUGCAGCAAAAUGCCUCCUUCUGGCUAAAAAACUCCGUUUUGAAGAGCGCGCUUUUGAAAUCAAAGUUUUUCCACAUUUUUCUUUCGUAUUUUACCUUCAGGCCUUCACUCUGCUCGAAAAGGUGAAGCUAAAACAGGCCCCAGAUCUGAUCAGCACGUUGGGAUUGUUCGAUGUGGAAUAUCGAACAUUUGUGGUCUGUCGAGAAGGGGAUGUGGUGAUUUUGAAGAAGUCAGGGAAGAGUGGACUCACCCAGCAUGUGUUUUACUUGAGAAAUCAACCAAUCUGCAUGGCUUAUUCGGUGAACCAGGUAAGGAAAAGUUAAGAAUUUUUACCCUCAAAUUUUUGAUGACAACUACCAACUUAUAUCUAGAUUUUGAGGUCGAAAUUUGAAGUUAUAAAAGUAAAUAUUUACGAUACUUUUCCCAUAAAAUCAAAAUUUCAGUUAGUCUUCUCAACUCGAGACCACCGUCUAAUGUUCUACAGUAUUCGUGGCAAAUGCCUCAACGAAAUCCAACUAGAGAGUCCAAUCCACGAUAUUGAGACUUUUCAUUACGAACCGCGCCAAUAUAAGGGAGUCCUGGUCGCUAUUCAAAACGAAAUCCGCUUAUAUGUUGAGAUGUUUUUGGUGGAUGUAGUCAAGGUUGAUGAGGCCGUCUCAUGGCUUCGAUUUGGAAAAUUGGGCCGUGAAGAGGGUGUUUUACUGUUCGGUACAGCCAGCGGAGGCUUGUAUGCGAAGAUCUUCCGGAGAACAGCAACUUUGGAGGAACGGGCACAUGUUUUAGGCCCUCCGGCCGCUCAAAACCAAAAACUAAAUGUACCAAGAAGAACAAAAGCCUUCAUAGAUCAAUCGUUGAGGGAGAGAGAUAAUCCACAAAGGCUUCAUAAGGUAAUAUACAGAGAAACUAACCUGUAUUUUACAAAAACCAAUUUUGAUGACUAAAGCAAUGUAAUUUUGAAAUUUUUUGCCUUUACUUAGAUCUAUCAACGAGACCUUUUCAUGCUGAAAUAUAAUACUGUAAAGACCUUCGCGGCUUUACAAUCAGGAGAGACUGGAUUAUUGCCCUCAAGGGAUGUAGAACCAAUCGAUUUUAACGUUGAACUACUUGGAUUUGGCCCAAUUUUUAAAGUUAUUGUCAAUGUGGCCGGAAAUAAGUGAGUAAACCUAUGUAAAACUGUCUCAAAAUCUUCCCUACGCCUCUAGCAAUCACAAUCACCUCAAAUUUCAGAGAACUACCAUCAGCCCGACGAGUUAUCACUUUUAUUUUCGACAGAAACGAGUAUACUAUCAAAAAUAACAUGAUAAUUCUCCCUGACGUCCUUCCGAUUGGUGUGAGAAUGAAGUUCUCAACGCAUAUCACUUGUUUAUACCCGGAGAAACAAGCCACUUCCGAAUUGAAGGUCCUAAUGAUUCGAGAAAAGUGGAAACAGCCAAUAUUUUCGUCAACUGUGACAUUACCAGUUAGCGAGCCGGAUAUCAAUUGA